AAUUUUGUAGUUUACUUUAAAAAGUAUUGAUACAAAAAUACUAAAUAAUUCUUGGGAAAAUUAAAAACAUUUUAUUUGUGUAUCCGUGGAAUAAAUAGUACUCUCAUUUAAAGAUAUGAACUGUGUUUCCUCAAGGGAUCAGAUUAUUAUGAUAUACACAAUUCCAAGUUUCAUUGUGUGCUAGUGUUCCACUGUUGCCAAGCAACCAAGAGACUCUGCUCAUUUGACAGCUUCAUUCUUUCUCUGGCUGGAUCACUCACUGCCUUUCAGGGAAGAAUUCACCAUUUGAACUCCUGUCUUGGCUUUUAUGGUUUCUGUUCAGUAAUUUUUUGGCUGAUGAUCUCUAGCUUUACUGUGGUUUGUUGGACAGGAUUUCAGAAAGUCUAAGAAAUAGAUAAGAGCGGAGGCUUUUUAAUUUACUGUAAUCUAAAACAAUAAAAGAAAAUGACCCUGGUUUCCCAGGGAGCUGAAAGACAGGUAAAUGCCUUUAAAAGCUCCAGUCAGUCAGCUGAGCCACUUCACAAGAUGGAUCACCAUGAGUAUCGAAGUCUAUUAAAGAAAAUGUAUAUGCCUUUUGUGAGAGGUCCUGAUGACAAACAUGAUUUUGCCAGCUUCCAAGAGAAAGACAGUAAUUCUUUUCUUAAAUUCAAUCCUUACAGCCCUCCUGUGGGGCCAGAUUACCCUUUAUUCCCACACCGGGACAAUGUGCCUUUAGCUGAUCCCUGCUCAGGAUUCAUGAGCCCAGGAGCUGAUGCCGAUUUGCAGCCCUGCUGUGGCAGAACCAUUGACUCACUGGUGGAUUACAGUGAUGUGAAACCUCACCAGCGGGUCCCCCUCCCAAAAAAGACUGCACAGACUGCACACACAAGGCAUGUGGUCCUGUUGGAGGAGGUGAGCCAGGACAGACGGUGGAACUCCAGGGCAGUGUCAGAUGCUUCUAUCAGGGCAAGACUUGGAGGUUGGACAAGUCCAAUGAAAGUUACUCCUGCUUCAUCUAAACAAAGAGAUUCUUUUCAAAUUCAUAGCUUUGCAUUUCAUGUGGACCCAAAACUUAAGAAAUCAAGUGAUCCUCCUUCUGCAAGUUGGCGAGAAGAAAAAGCAAGGGACUAUUUCUACAUCUCAAGUACCCAAAAAGCUUAUGAAGAAGUUCCUUGGGAUAAGAUAUUACCACCCAAAAUCCCACAGCCAGAAUCAACAGUAGAAAUGAUGGCUGAUCCCAUCUCCCAGUGUUUUACAAUAAAGAGAUACAAUCCUGCACCAGAAAUAAGCCAAGUUGUUGGGGGCCUCUGGGACAGAUUUCAAACAAGAUAUUUUACUUCACCACAAAAACCAAUUGAUUUUGUAAGCCCAAGCUCUCGAACUCAACAUAUUCCUCUCUACACUGGCUGUAUUGGUGCAGAGAAUUUUGAAGACCUAGACAACGCCAGUGUAGAUGUGAUUACUCUUGGCAGUGUUCGAACUUCAAAACCUCGCUACACAAGAACUGCUCACACUCCAAAUAUCCCUGGAUACACUGGCAAGGUUCAUUGGACAGCAACCCACCCGGCAAAUUCUAAUCUUCCAUCAACAUCCCCAUCGAUAAUUGCACAAAUGCAUGGAUACAUAGCAAAGUGUGGCCACUCAUCUCGAUUUAAUCACCAGGGCCCUUUGUCUCAAAUACUUACUCCGGUUUAUCCUCAAAAUUCUUUCAACAAGGUGGAAAGAGAAACUAUUAAGGUUUAACAAGAACCAGUGGGAAGGAAGUAAAUGUGUGAAAGUGAUGUACACAGUCCAGGCCUGGUCAAGGGUCAGAGAGAAACCCACCCAGAGAAACUGAAGAUAUAGAAGUUAAACCCAAUGUCACAGAGCAAGGAGGUGUCACAGCUAAGAAAAGAACCCAGAUCUCCUGACUCCCUUUCCUGCAUCUUCACUCCUGGAUCAUGCUAGCUUCCUUUAUUGGGACCACAAUGGCAUGUAGUCUGGUGGGUGUUCUCACCUUCCUCACAGCCUCUCGUUAACAUAGUUGACUUAGAAACAAUGGGAUUUGAGGUUCAUAUAAUGUUGUUAUGAUUACUGACUUGUCACAACUUGCAGCCGGUGUCCAGUGUGGGUAAAGGAUAAAAGAGCCAGAUCCCAGAAGUAAAUGAGACUCAAGAUUGUGCAGUUGCAUCUUAUGCUCAUAAGGGAGGAGGAGUUUGAAGUCUUUUCAGACUGAGGUUCCACCCACCCAGCCUUGUGACCUCUGUCACUCCAUCCACCUUAAGCCCAGGGAGGGUAUACCCCAAGUUAUUGUUUGGUUUGUGGUAAAAGCCCUGUAACCCACUGUGAAACCAAUUAAAUGCCUGGUAUGUGAGAACUGGGGUAGGCAAUAUAAUGCCCUCCCCA